AUGCCAAUACGCGCUAAAUCCCACUCCACCUCUUCGCAUUACUCCCCUCUGAAAAAUUGCGGUCAGAGCAUGUCGACGUCCAGUACAGGCUCUCAGCAAGGAAGGACCUCGCCUGAGGUGCCACUCAUCGAGGCAGACGUGUUGAGCAAAACGUCCCCACCAGCACCCGUGUCCUCUACCCCGCGUAGCAGCGGCGCCUCCGUCGCCCUUGCCGAGGGAGUAGACCUCACUGCUAUCGGAAAAGCGGAAGCGCGCAAGAUCAUGUCCGAAGAGCACCGCAUUCUCCGAUUCCGCCCCCCUCAAGGCUCGCUUGCCGCCGAGGCGCAGGCCGCUGCGGCAAAGCACCCCGACGGCAGGCCUGAUGCGGCUCCGCCGGAUACGCUCAGGCUCAAGGCGCUCGCGCGCAAGGACGCUGAACGCAUCCUGGCGGAACGCAAGAUGAAUACUGAGGGGGCCACGGCGGACGCGGACGGGAAACGCGUCGAGGAGAAACACACCCCUGCCACAGAGGGCGUAAACCUAAGCACCAUCAGUGCAGUGGAAGCGCGAACAUUAAUGUCGCACGAGCACCGAGCAUUGGGCUUCCGCCCGCCACCAGGCUCUAUCGCCGCAGAGGCGCAGGCGGCCGCGGCUCGGCACCCCGAAGGCGACGGCGUGGUGGUCGACAAGGAGGUGCUGAAGGAGAUCGCGAUCAAGGAUGCGGAGCGCAUAAAGGCGGACCGCGAGCUCGACAUCGUCGGCGAGGCGAACGUUAGCACGUUCGGGCGAGCUGGUGCUAGGACUGUUGUUUCCGGCAUGACGGGUGUCCUGAGGCACUCCCCAGAAGCAUCAGCCGGUUUGUUGGUAGCGGAGGCAGCGUGCGUGCACCCGGAAGGUGCGAACUUCCCUCAGGCGCUGGAUGGAGAAGCGCAGCAAGUGGCGGAGGCAGAACAGGGCGAGGCUGAGCUGUCGUGGGAGACAGAAGACUCGUGA